AUGGUAUCAGAGGCCCAGUGUGCACCGGAGGCAUCGGAUGCCUCGCAGGAGGAUGAAGACCCUCUUAAUUCUCCCCAAUCAGAGGAUGCAUCCCACACAUCUGGGUCAGAUGAAGAUAAAGCACCCUCAACGAAAGGAGACAUCAAGAGGCUCAUUAUUGACCUUCGGAAGGUCUGGAAAGAUGAUCUCCAUGUUGUCCAGGCCUGAAAUCGGUGUGGUCCACCAGAAGGUAAGUGAGAUGGAGGGGCAAGAGACCUCCAGAGCCAAAUACCUUCAGGAUACAGAUGGCAAGCUAGAAAGUCUUACCUCAUAAUUUAAACACUUAAGCCAGACGAUGACCACGCUAGAGAUGCACCGCAGGCGUAUAAACCUGCACUUCCUGCAGAUUUUGGGCCUGUCGACUUACCUACAGGCAGCUGCUUCAGUGCCAACAAGGAGGGACCAGGAAUACGAGGACAGUAACAUUCACAAGUUCACCAACAAGCUUAAGAACACCACCAAGAAACUGCAAAUUCUGACCAAAGACUAG